AUAGAGGGCGCUCUACCGGAAGUAAAUAUUUUAGUCGAGAAAGAAAAGAAAAUCUAAAAUAAUGCAUGGAUUUGAAAGAAAUCUUCUUCUUCUUCUUCCAAUACUGUACAUAACCCACUCUGGGGCAUUAAGAAAUGAAGCUGGACAAUUGUUUGUUGGGGGCCUUAGCUUGGAUACUUCUAAAGACAGUCUGUUAGAAUACUUCAGACACUAUGGGAAAGUCACUGAAUGUGUUGUUAUGAAGAAUCCAGAGACCGGAAAGUCACGAGGGUUUGGUUUUGUGACCUACAGAGACCCAUCAAGUGUGGAUACAGUGUUAUCAGUACCAGCACAUAUUGUAGACGGAAAACAGGUGUACCUAAAAACGCGCAUGUAACCCAAAAGGGUACAAACCGAGGUGG